AUGAUUGACGCAUCUCCGAACUGGAUGACACCAAUAGCAACCUACCUCAAUACUGGGGAACUUCCAAAUAACGGAAAUGAAGCUCAAAAGAUGAGGAGAAAGGCUGCACGGCAUAUCAUCGUAGAAGGAGUCAUGUAUAGAAGAGGGUUCUCUAUGCCACUACUUAGAUGUGUCACACAAGAAGAAGCUGUUCGACUUUUGUCUGAAGUACAUGAUGGAUUCUGUGGCAACCACGCAGCCGGGCAAAGCUUAUCAAAGAAAAUACUAAGACUCCCAUACAAGAUAGUCUCAGACAAUGGCACACAGUUUGACAGCCAAUUAUUCACCAAUUUUUUAGCGAACCAUGGAAUCAUAAAAAGUUUUUCUACAGUAGCACACCCUCAAGAAAAUGGUCAAGUUGAAGCAGUCAAUAAGACACUUAAAGAUACUUUAAAAAAUGGCUCGAAGAUGCUAAGGGGAAUUGGCCAGAAGAACUACAAGAAGUACUAUGGUCUUACCGCACAACUGAAAAAAUAG